AUGGGGAAUUCUUCAUCUUUUGAGAUAUCUCUAAAACAAAUUGCAUCUAAAGAAGAAGCAAGGAUUUUAGUUACUGGGAUGAACUGAGCAGGAAAGACAACUAUUCUGUAUAAGCUUAAUAUUGGUGAAGUUAUAGUAACCUGCCCGACAAUUGGAUUAAUCUUAGAAAGUGUUCGAUUUCGAAACUUAACUUUUGCGAUUUGAGACUUAGGAUGCUCUUUAGGAUUUAAAACCUUGUGGAAAUAUUUUCAUACUAAUAUUAAAGGAAUUAUUUUUGUUAUUGAUUCAAAUGAUAGAGAAAGAAUGGAUAAUUUAAAGUGGCUGCUCCAAGAAAUGCUUUUCGAAGAAAUGCUAAGCCAAUUACCUAUUUUAUUCUUUGCUAAUAAGCAAGAUCUGCCUAAUGCAAUUAGUUUGAAUGAGAUUACAGAAAAAUUAGAAUUGUUUUUAAUUCGAGGGAGAAUUUGGCGCAUUCAAGGAUGCUCUGCAAUAAGAGGAGAUGGAUUGUAUGAAGGGAUUGAAUGAAUUUCCCAUGUGCUUAAUUUUGGAUCCUAA